AUGAGGGGAGGGGGCGCGCGCACCGCCUCACGUGGCCUGCGGGGAGGGGGGAUGACGAAGGCGGAAGCGGCGGCGGGGAGGAUGUAGCGGCGGCCCUCGCGCCCAGCCGGCUCCGACAUGGAGGUACAAGAUGGUGGGCAAGAGAUGGUGGCUUCCGCUGUCACACCGGGGUCGGGCAAAUCAAAGCUGGACACAUUGCCCAAAGAAGAUCUCAUCAAGUUUGCCAAAAAGCAAAUGAUGCUUCUGCAGAAAGUGAAGUCAAGAUGUACAGAACUAGAGAAAGAAAUUGAAGAACUCAAAUCUAAAGCAGCUUCUGGAGGAGCUGAUGACAUUAUUCAGGCUCUCACAGAAAGACUGGAUGUUGUGCUUCUGGAAAAAGCUGAAAGUCAGCAGCAGUGUGUAGCUCUGAAAAAAGAAAAUAUUCAAAGAAAACAAGAAGCAGAGGCUGCAGUGGCCAAGACAGAAGAACUGCAGAAGCAACUGGAGCAAUCAAAUACAGACUCUCUGGAAGAAAUAAAAGCUCUGAAGAAUGAAUUAGUAAAUGCACAAUCCAAAUACGACGAUGAUGUAACAAAGCUGAAAAUAGAAUUAGAAGAACAAGUGAAAAAACAAACGGAGUUGGUGGAACAGCUUGAAUGUCACAAUGAUAAUCAAGAAGAAGUUAAAAGAUUACAAGACAAUGUCCAAGAAAUUAAAUCUACUUAUGAGGAGCAAAUUUUGUGCUUGACCAAGCAGUUGGAAACUGUGAAUGAUGACAAAACCAAAGAAAUUGCAAGUCUGCAAGAAACUAUUAAAAGCAAUUCUCAAUGUUACCAUAAUGAAAUCUUCAGUCUGAAUGAAGAGCUUAAAAAAUUAAAAAUUGCCCAUCAAGAAGAGGUAUCAGAGUUGAUGCAUCGCAUUGAAAUAUCUUCUAAAGAAAAUGAAGAAAAGCAAAAUCACAUAAAUCAGUUACAGCACAGUUUGGUAGAGAAGGACUUAAAAACAGAGAAAAAUGUGAAAGAUGAAGCGUAUGCUUCCACUGACCAGCAAGAACAUGACUUGGAGCAGCUAAAAGCAGUAAAUAAAAAUAGUGAGAACAAGACAAAUCUUGCAGAUAUGCAAGAAGAACCUUGCAUAGAAGCCAAAAUGGAAGAAAAGAUUAGACACUUGGAGCAUAGUUUAGAAGAUCUCCAAUCUCAACAUGCCAUUUUAAAAGAUGAGCUAACUUAUAUGAGCAAUGUUAAACUAAAACUGGAAGAGGAAAUCCGCCGCAUAAAGGAUGAGUAUUUUCAUGAGAGAGAAGACUUGGAAUUUAAGAUAAAUGAACUGCAGCUUACUAAGGAAGAUUAUUGUUGUGUAAUUGAAAAGCUAAAAUUGGAGCUUCAAACAGCAAGACACCAAUGUGAAGCCACAGCAGAAGAGCAUAAAUUAGAAAUUAAGACUUUGAAGGAGCAACAUGAGAGAGAAAUUUCUGAAGUAAAUAAAACUUUAUUAUCUAGUUCUGAAAAAGAAAAAAUGGAAUUAGUUUUUGAAAUGCAGGAACUUAAAGAACAGCUUGAAAGGCUAACUCAAGAAAAGGAAGAAGCAUUGUUCAAUUAUGAUACCCUGAGAGAAACACUGGAAACACUACAGACUGAACUAGGAGAAUCUGCUGGAAAGAUCAGCAAGGAAUUUGAAUCAAUGAGACAACAGCAAGCUUCUGAUGUCAGUGAACUACAGCAGAAACUCCGGGCUGCUUUCAAUGAGAAGGAUGUUCUUCUUGAAACUGUGAAUCGUCUCAAGGCAGAAAUAGAAAAAAUGUCAUCUGAUCAACUAGAGAUAGAGGAACUUAAACAUAAAGUUGUUAGUCUUCAGGAGGAGAAUGGCACAAUAGCAAGUUGCGUCCACCAAAAAGAGGUUGCUAUCAAAGAACUGGAAGAAAAGAUCGUAUCCCUUUCUGAUCAAAACAAGGAUAUUUUAAAUGAAGUCAAGUGUUUGGGUGAAGAGAGAGAAACCCUUCAGGAGAGGUGCAAGCAAGAAGAAGGAAAAAUUCAGGAACUUCAGCAAGAAAUAAAUGUUGUUAACAAGGACAAUAGUGACCUGAAGAAAAAGCUGGAGGAAUUAACAGAGAAACUGAAUGAAACUUUAACUGCAAAGAAUGAAAAUGCUGAACUGCUAAUGCAACUGGAAAAGCAGGUUGACUCACUGGUGGGUGAAAGAGAGAACCUUUCAUCUGAAAUGUAUACUCUUCGUAAGGAAAAUGAGAAAAUCGUUCAGGAAAAAGGUGACUUAAGUAAAAAGCUGGAAGAGAUUACAUCUGAGAAAGAUGGUUGGUUGAAAGAACAGUCUGAAAACUUUGAAAAGAAACUACAGAUGAUGACUGCAGAGAAAGACCAUAUUUCAUCAUUACUCGAAAGUGAACGAGCACACAGCUCCCUUGUAAGAGCUCAGAUACACCACAUCCUUGAGCAAGUGGGGUCCAGCAUUUCAGAUUCUGAUGAGGACUGUGAUUUUCUCAGCUUACUACAAAUAGCAAAUGAAUGCUUGGCAAAAAUGAAGGAAGAGCAGUGCCUUGCUCUACAGAAUGAGGAGAAAGCUCUUCAUCUGCAGAGGGAAGUUGAGAGACUACAGGAAGAAAAUGCAGCUCAGUAUACAGAACAUAGAUCCUUGAUUGAGGACUUUGAAAAAGAAAAAGGUCUUUGGAGAGAAGAAUUAGAAGGAAUGUUGUCUGAAAAAGAAGCCCUUCAACAUGAUAUCCAGGAGCUGAAGAAUGCUGGUGAAAAAACAACAAUUGAAAAUCAAGAGCUUUUAGCGAAGAUUGAAGAAAUAUCUGGAAAACUUGCUUUUUAUGAAAGUCAAAUGCAAGAACAGCAAAAAGAAUCCAAAAACGAAGAUGACUUAAAGUUCGUUCUGGAACAAAAGGAAACUGAACUUAGAAAUGUGAAAGACGAACUGAGUUCUCUAAAGAAUGUAAUGGAGACAUUGACAGAGAAAAAUGAUCAACAGUCUUCAGUAGCAGAGCUUCAGGAAAAAAUCGGAAGGCUGGAAAAAGAAUCUGCAGAAAAAGGAGAGAAGCUAAAUAAAAUCAAGAUGGUUGCUGUGAAAGCAAAGAAAGAAUUGGAUGCCAGCAGAAAAGAGAUGCAAUUGCUGAGGGAAGAAUUGGAGUCGGUUCAAUCAGAAAAAGAUCAGCUGUCUGCUUCAAUGAAAGAUGUCAUUCAAGGAGCUGAAAGCUAUAAGAAUCUUUUGAUGGAAUAUGAUAAGCAAGGAGAAGAGCUGGAUUCUGAAAAAGCCAGAGCGAUUAAUCUUGAACGUCAGCUAGAUGACCUCACACGACAGCUACAGGUGUCAUCCCAGCAGCAUGAUCAGUUACAUUCUGCUAAUGAAGAUCUACUGGCUCGUGUCGAAACAUUGCAAUGUAAUACUAAGCUGCUGGAAGCUCAGAUACUGGAGCUACAAAAAGUCAAGGCAAAAGCUGAAAAAGAACUGGAAGGAGAAAGGCUUCUAAAAGAACAGAAAAUAAAGGAACAUAGUGGCGCUCUCCGAGAAUUGGAGGAGCUUCAGACGCAACUACAGAAGGAAAAGAAGCAUCUGCAGAAGACUAUUCAAGAAUUAGAGCUGGCCAAAAAGGAUGCUCAGAAGAGUACACUGAUGGAUAUGGAAAUAGCUGAUUAUGAAAGGCUAGUAAAAGAGCUUAAUCAGAAGAUUGCCGAUAAAGACAGUAGAAUAGAAGAUCUUGAGCAGGAGACAAGGAUUCAGAAACAGAAACAAGAGACCUUACAGGAAGAAAUAAAGUCACUUCAGUCAAGUAUGCAACAAGAUGAGGAAAGAAAUGCCAAGAUAAAACAACUCCUGGUGAAAACCAAAAAAGAACUGGCUGAUUCAAAACAAGCUGAAAAUGAUCAUCUAAUGUUGCAGGCAUCAUUGAAAGGGGAACUGGAAGCCAGUCAGCAACAAGUGGAAUCCUUUAAGAUUCAAGUGUCUGUAUUAACAUCGGAAAAGCAUAAAGUCCAGGAACAGUUACGAACUUCUGCAGAGCAACACCAGCGUACACUGAGUGCUUACCAGCAAAAAAUUGCAACUUUGCAAGAAGAAUGCAGAGCAGCCCAGGCUGAACAGGAAUCUGUUACAUCUGAAUUUGAGAGCUACAAAGUUCGUGUUCACAAUGUUCUAAAACAGCAAAAGAAUAAAUCUGCUUCUCAGACAGAAACUGAGGGAGCCAAACAAGAAAGAGAACAGUUGGAAAUGGUGAUAGAUCAACUUAAAGUUAAGCUACAAGAUGUUCAGCAUAAUUUACAGCUAAAUACAGCUGAUUUCCAGGCGUUGCAGUCUGAACAUGACACCCUGCUGGAAAGACACAAUAAGAUGCUUCAAGAGACAGUUGCAAAAGAGGCAGAACUCCGUGAAAAGCUCUGCACGAUACAAUCUGAGAACAUGGUCAUGAAAACAGAGCAUACCCAGGCUUUGAGUCAGCUGACAGCCCAGAAUGAAGCUCUCCGGAACAAUUUCAGAGAUCAAGUCAGGAAUCUGCAAGAAGAGCACAGGAAGACAGUAGAGACACUUCAGCAGCAACUCUCCAGGGUAGAAGCUCAGCUCUUCCAGCUCAAGAGUGAACCAAGCACUAGAGGUCCAGCUGUUUCAAAUCCAGCAACAAAGAACUCAAGAGAACGGCGAAACAUUGACCUCCCUGUUCUUGAUGUGCAUGCUGUAGCCAGGGAAGAGGGAGAGGGUAUGGAAACUACAGACACAGAGUCUGUGUCUUCUGCUGGCACUUACAUUCCAUCCUUGGAACAGCUUCUGAACUCCCCAGAAACAAAGCCUGAACCAUCUCAGUGGCAAACAGAGCUCAGCAAGGAUGAACUGAUUCAAAAAUUAAACACAACAACGAAGAGUGCUGAUCACUUGAAUGAAUUACUUCGUGAAUCAGAAGCAACCAAUGCGAUCCUAAUGGAACAAAUAAAGCUUCUUAAGAGUGAAAUAAGAAGACUGGAACGAAAUCAGGAGAGAGAAAAGUCUGUAGCUAAUCUGGAAUAUCUGAAGAACGUUCUGUUGCAGUUUAUAUUUCUAAAAUCGGGAAGUGAGAGAGAGAGGCUGCUGCCAGUAAUAGACACCAUGUUGCAGCUCAGUCCUGAAGAGAAAGGAAAGCUGGUUGCAAUUGCCCAAGGUGAGGAAGAGAGUACCUCAAGGCCCUCUGGCUGGGCUUCAUACCUUCACAGCUGGUCAGGACUUCGAUGAGACAGUGGAAAUACUGAAGCUUUAAACACAUUCCACCAUUGCAAAACAAAAAAACACAGUUCAGUGCUACAACACCAAUGGGUUGUUCUACUUUAAGAUUUCUCUGUUUUCAGCUUUUUAGCUUUUUCUAAGGAAGAAGCCUUGGUAGCUCUGAAAGGCUGUUCUGUGCUGUUUGACAGCAGUGUACCUCUUGUUAGAGCUGAUGAUCAGAAGUGACAAAAUUAACUGUAAAUUGCUUGCAACAGAAUUUGGCAAAUCCGUGCCAGGUAUUCUGAUGUUGAUUUAAAACUUGAUCUAAUAGUAACUGGAAUAACUAGAUUUCAGAUUUAAAGCAUUUUGAAGUGUUUACAGUUUUUCACGUUUUUGUCAGCUCACUAAUCUAUACGGUUCGUGCUAUUCUCUGCAUGUAGAAAUUAAAGUAGUUAUUUCCUUUCUGGUGAUGCUUACAAGGUGUAAGAUCACUUGGAAACAGAAGUGGGAUUUUCUGUUUUGACUAAAUUUUUAGUCUUGGUUAUAUUUUUCUUACGCAGUAGCUGGAGUGAAGAUAUGAAGGCAGUGGUCCACAAAAUUUAGAAGGUGCCUAAAGCUAUAUAAAGUGUAAUGUCUGGCACAUCUGGGGCAUGGUACUGUAAUGGAGAUUAAUGGCAUCUGUGGAAGUGUUAGGAUAGUAUUCCAACAUCAGCAGUCAUAAGUGAGCUGAAGCUUUAGGAGAAAAGGCUUAAGCUAUGACUUUGUAACCUGAGGUUCUGUUCAAGACCAGGAAGAAAUCUUGUGUUACUGCAGUGAUGCCUGUACUUAAAAGGCUACUCAUAGUUUUAUUGAAGAUACUAAAGGAAGAAUUAUGAGUUCAUGUAUCAGAUUCCUAGUGGUGACUUUGGAGGGAAAAGGACAGAUUUCAUCAAUAGAUGCAUCUUUUAAAUGUCCUGAUGAUCAAAGAUGUUACCUUCUGUCACUUCUGUGUUUGCACACAUAGUUUGCACAAAUCUUUUGGACAGGUACUUUAAUUUCUGUUCCAGGCUCUUCAACAGAAUGGCUUUUUUGUUCGUUUCCAAGAAAAAUAAAUCUCUGAAACAGAAGUAUUUCUUCUAUUACUAGCACAGCACCUUUUUUUAAGCUUGUGUCUUUUUUCCCCUUGCUAGUCCAUACUGCCUUUCACUAUCUUAAUUUAUUUGUACAUUACUGAAGUGCUUACAAGUGCUUUUGUACCCUGCUUACCUUACAACCAGAGUCCUUUAAUGUUUUUUUCCACUCGUAUGCUCUCUGUGCAGUUUUACAGUGAAUCAUUCCCUGCUACACAUACCAAUGCUAAAUAGUAUUCUUUUCUUUCUGUCCAUCUUAAUUGAGGCCCUGAGGAAAUGAUGCUUAUUCCUUUUAAUAUUGCUUUGUUCAGGGCUGAAAUGUAUUUGCAUAUAAGAACAGAAAGUCAGCAUGUACUGUGAAUAAACUGUUCGGUAACUGAGCUUUUAGAUUUUUUUUACUUGUAUAUAUUUCAGUGCACAACUGACAUAUCCAGCAUACUUCAUUUAGGUAUUUUAAUUUCUUUCCAUACUCUUGAGUACCAUUUUUUAUUUUUUCUUCUAUUAUAUGCUCUAACUGGAAUCUUUAUGGUUUGUGCUACCAGUGAAAACAUCCUGUUUCAGGUCACAAAACUGAAAACUGACAGCAUAGGGCAUCUGCGGUUUGUAAAUGUAGAUUGCAAGCACGAAGCCAUAUUUGCUGUUUUUUGAAAUGAUAACCAUACCCUCAACAUCUGUGAUUUGCUCCAGAUCUCGUUUAAUUCUAACUCCCAUUUGCAGCUGAACUUGGUUAAUGUCACUCAAAAGAAUGCUAGAACAGAGCGAGGGGAGGUUUCAAAUAUGCAUAAAAAUAUGUGCAAGUCAUUCUCCUGCUGUGACUUGAACAAUGGAAGCACAUGAGCAAAGGGGUACAAAUUCUUUUCAUUUGGUUCAAACUUUGCAGCUGAUCUGGUUUAGUCUUUUCUUCAUGAUGCCUGCUCAACUGUCUGUGGAAAGCUGUGACAAGUUCCUUUUUAAAUGCCUAUGUCAGAACUGAAGAUUAUUUAUCGUUGUAAACUGUGAAUAAAUGUAUGCAAGUAACAUAUCACUGGCUGUACUAAGUACCAGUUGCUUAUUGACUUUUCAGGUCUGAGUUGCAUGCUCACUGAUUUUAGUAAAAUUCAAGUAUUAUACUGAUGAAUGUAGUGGACACCUCUUGCAUUGCUAUAUAUAUUUUUUGUACAAUGGAAGAUUAAAGUCUUAAUAUAAAACUAUUUUAAUAACUACUAAACUGUGUUUGAAUGCUAAGACUGCUAGAAUUUAACCUUUGUGGCAAUAAACUCUGCAAACAAACAUA